AUGGCUGCACCUUGGUCCCGUUGUUUACUUGCAAUGCUUGUUUUGAUUUCAGUUAUUGAAUCAGAAAGCAGAAUAGCAAGGAAGGAUUUGGGUUUGGACCUUGGUGGGUUAGGAAUAGGUCUUGGAGCAGGAGUAGGUUUGGGAAUUGGAGGUGGUAGCGGCUCUGGAGCCGGAGCUGGAGCAGGUUCUGGCUCUGGUUCUAGUUCUUCUUCAAGUUCAUCUUCAUCUUCGUCUUCUAGUUCUGGUUCGGGGUCCGGGGCAGGCUCUGAAGCAGGCUCGUAUGCAGGAUCUCGAGCUGGAUCAGGAUCAGGAAGAAGUCGUGGUAGAGGUGGAGGUGGAGGAGGAGGAGGUGGCGGUGGCGGUGGCGGAGGUGGAGGAGGAGGCUCUGGUUAUGGUGAAGGUUAUGGUCAUGGUGGGGGUUAUGGUGAAGGUGGUGGUGAUUAA